AUGAGCUACGUUAUCAAGGCCAAGUCAGAGGAACAAGUGCUGCCAAUGAUGAAUGAUGAUGGAUUUAACCGUCACAUGCAGUGUCGAUAUACCAAUGUUGGGGCGCCCUGCCUGCCCCUCGACCAGUCCCCCAACCGCGCCGCCUCCUUCCACGGGCUGCCGGCGGCCGGCUCCUCCGAGCCCCACGGCCUGGAGCAGCGGCGGCUCCCCGCGCAGGGCGGCGUGGACUCGCUGGAAUACAAUUACCCCGGCGACGGCCCCGCCGGCCACUUCGAGCUGCCCGUCUUCUCCCCGUCGGAGCCCGAGGGGCAGCUGCCGCACUACGGCGGCGGGCGGCAGGUGCCGGCGGGGGGCGGCUUCGCCGGGGCGCCCGCCCUGCCCCGGGCACCGGGCAUGGCCGUGGCCAAGGCGCACCCGCCGCAGCAGCACGGCGUCUUCUUCGAGCGCUUCGGGGGGGCGCGGAAGAUGUCGGCCGGCCUGGAGCCGGGGGCCAGCGCCAGGCACCCGCUGAUGCAGCAGCAGCAGCAGCCGCCGCAGCAGCCGCCGGGCUUGCUGGCCAGACAGAACUCCUGCCCGCCAGCCAUCCCUAGGCAACAGCAAACAGAAGCCAACGCUCCCAACCCCAACCUGCAGGACAAUGGGCCCAUAAUGCAGAACCAGCAUGCACAGUUUGAAUACCCUAUUCACAGACUGGAGAACAGGAAUAUGCAUCCCUACACCGACCCCGUGUUUAAUAUGCAGCACCCUCCUCCGCAACAGCCACCAAAUCAAAGACUGCAGCACUUCGAUGCCCCCUACGUGAGCGUCGCCAAAAGGCCGCGCUUCGACUUCCCCGGCAACCCCGGCGUCGAGCGCUGCGCCUCCUGGGGCAGCGGCAUGCACGGCCCCGCCAUGGAGAGCCACCUCUCCCCGACGGCCUACCCCGGCCUGCCGGGCGAGUUCACCCCGCCGGCGCCCGAGGCCUUUGGGGGGCCGCUGCCGCACGGCGGCCCCGAGCACCCGGCGCUGGCCCAACGCCAGAACGCGGGGCGGGGGCGGGGCCGCCGGAAACGGGACAGCGGGCACGUCAGCCCCGGCACCUUCUUCGAGAAGUUCUCGGCCGCGGAGGGCGGAGGGGCUGGCGUCAGCCCAGGGCAGCCGGCGGUGCCGGCGGCGGCAGCGGGGGGUCCGCCGGGGAGCGCGGGCACGGAGCGCGGCGGGGGCACCCCCCACGACAAGCCCCUGACCUCCCCCUCCUGGGGCAAGGGUGGCGAGCUGCUGCUGGGGGAGCAGCCUGACCUGAUGUCCUCCCUGGACAGCGGCAUCCAGAGCGUGACCAAGUCGGACGGCAGCUCCCCGCACGUGGACUUUCCCGACGAGGUCAGCACCAGCUACGGCAAUGAGGACGAGGUGUCCUCCAGCUCCGACAACGCCGCCUCCAAGCCCACCCGCAGCCCGCUGCUGGGCGGCUCGCCCAAGCUGCCCCGCGGGGAGCACGCACUUCUCAAUGGACAGAAGCCCCUGGCCCUCGGCCUCCUCAGUACGUCUACCUCGACCCCCGACAGCUACGGGCUCAGCACCACAGCGGGCGCCCACCCCGGCACGCCGGGCAUGGAGCAGGUGCGGACCCCCACGAGCACCUCGGCCCAGGACGAGAUCCACCCCCUGGAGAUCCUGCAGGCGCAGAUCCAGCUCCAGCGGCAGCAGUUCAGCAUCUCGGAAGACCAGCCCUUGGGGCUGAAGAGCAAGAAGGGGGAGUGCGCGGGGCAGAACGGGGACAGUGACCUGGGCAGCUGCUGCUCGGAGGGCGUCAAGGGCGCCAUGAGCACCAUCGACCUGGACUCCCUGAUGGCAGAGCACAACUCCACCUGGUACCUGCCUGGUGAGAAGGCCCUGAUGGAGGGGCAGGAGGAGGACAAGCCCAUGGCGCCCUGGGAGAAGCCCAAGCCCACGAACCCCAGCAAAGAAGCCCACGACCUUCCCCCGAGCAAGACCUCGGCCACGGCGCAGACCGGCAGCCACCUGCAGUGCCUCUCGGUCCACUGCACGGACGACGUGGGCGAGGCGAAGGGCCGGACUGCGGUGCCGACGUGGAGGUCCCUGCACUCGGACAUCUCCAACAGAUUUGGGACUUUUGUGGCCGCCCUGACUUGAACAAAAAAAGAAAUUUUAAAUUUUUUUUUUUUUUUUUUUCCUCUUUUUAAUUUCAAAGGGCCGCUACUGCUAGGUGGACUAUUUUUCUAGGUUGGUACCUGCUUAGUGGCAUAUGGACUGGAAAGGGUUAAUUUAAAGUAAACCUCAACUUUUUUUUAAUCUUCUGCCACAGUAUGUUACCAGUGUUAACCCUUCUGCAGUUAGCACACUUUUGCUUAAGAUUUUCCUGCUAGACCACUUUUUCCCAUUAUUCUGUAACCUUGGCAUACAUUUAUAGAUGAGGCCUUUUCCUUUUUCAUCUCAGCGUAUGUCCAAGUCACGUAUGUCAUAAUAAGACAAAGAUCCUCCUCCUCUUCUUCUUCCUCAUUUGCUUUGUUUUUCUUUUCUUUUCUUUUUUUUUUUUUCCCCCCUCUCGUUUUGCUUUGUUCAGUGCUUAUUACAAUGGUGAUCCCUGAAGAACAGCAGUUCAGGAAUAAACGCCGGUUAAAGCGAAAUGGUCAUCAUUAUAGUAUAUAUUAUAUUGACACCCAGCUUUUGCCAGUCACAUACAAACCAAACAGUUAAUGCUCUAUUGAAUAUUCAGGCAACGAGCCUGCCCUUUCCUGAGAAAAUGAUGUUCUGUUACUAAUAACGUUCAGCCUGGUUUGCUCUCCGCCUCCCUCUGCCAGGACGCUGUGUUUACCCCGGUGAAGCCCAGAGAUGAAGCUCUUUUGGGAACGGGCUGGUUCACACACAGCCAGGGAAGGUAUAGAAGAGGUGUUUUUCUAAAUAAGUCUAACAGGAAGUUCACUUAAUAAUUAAGAGUCGUUCUCUCCUCCGCCGAAUGCCCAGGCUCCCUCUCCGUUGCCGGGAGGAGCAGGGGAUGCUCCCCGGUGCGGCCGCAUCCUCCUGGUGAUGCUCCCACAGUUCCCCCUUUAUAACUGCAGGAGGAAAAAAAAUCCCCCCGGAGCCACCGUGUGCCUCCUGCAUGUGCUGUCCCUGCCCACUUUUGCCCAUUUUUCACCCAUUUUUAGCUGAAGGAAGGUGCUGUCGAUGGAAACAGGAUGCAGCAUCCUGUGCAUGUAUCUGUGGGGCACCCCCCACCAUCCUGGUGCAGUGGCAGAGGUGAGGGGACAGCCCGAAUCGGGGGACGUGGGGGGGCUGUAUGCCCACAGUCAGCAUUUCCUAAGAUGCCAGGGCAGGGAGACCCCCCCAGUAGACCCUCAGAACUUAUUUGAGGCCCCAUUUUUGCCACGCAGUAAAGAACAGCGUUACUUAGACGCAGACAAUAAAAGGAAAACCAUACUUUCCUGCUCGUGAGAGAUAAUACUCAUUCGAGGAGAAAGUUGGAAGCAAACCAGAUAAAACCACGGCUGACACUGUGAUCCCACACUCCUGUGGUUUUACGUAACCGUCCCAUUAUUUGUGUAUCCUCCGUGUCCGGGGAGGGGGAGCGUCCGGCCCCACACCGGCCACCUCGCUUUCCUCUGCUCCCCGGAGCUUCCCAACAUCUCUGGAGAUGGAGGUUUUUAGCUGUGAAAUAAAGGUCGGCCUCUCUAGGGUUAUUUAUUACUUUUGUCAUGAAUUCACAAAACGUGUCCCUCCUCAAGGGAUGGGGUUUGAAGACUGCUUUGUAUUUUAUCUUCGAUGAUUGUGCUGGGCCUUUAAUUAUUUUGAAGGAGUGUUCUCAGUAGGCACCAAUGGAGAGGGAAUUCUGCCUAAAAUGCCCAUGGCACAGAGUGGUGUGAAAUCCUCUCUCUCGGUCAUCUGUGGCUUCAGAGAGACUCACAGCGUUUGGAAAUGUUAGUUGAAUGUGCUCUUAUUACCCACGCAUGGAUUGAUUUCCUCUUACCGGUCUGGUCAGUGACUUUGGAUAAAUUGGGGAGGUUUGAACCUUGACUUUCAGUAUUGUUUUAUUUUGUGCUGAAGCUGGAACUGCCACGAGGUUGAGGAUGGUUUUUUGCCCAUCCUGGAGCAAUUGGCUGUGGAGCUGCUUCACGCCUUCUUGGUUUGAAACAAAAAGAUGGGAUGUUUCCUACCUUCCGUAGGGGUGUGUGUCCUGCCGAGCGCCCGGAGCCCUCCCCUGUAAUACAACAUCACUGUCCCCAGAAAAAUACCUCCUGGUAGAACAAUCAUUUUCAGCCUCAGCUCUGGAAGGUGCCUCUUUGCCUGUGUUUUUUUUAAGUCCCAGUUUGCCCAAAUAUGUGUUUAACUUUAAAUCCUGUCUAGGCAGAGCUCUGGGGGCUGCUGAGUGAUGUGGUGGUGGGUUCCCUCUGCAUCUCCCACCGCUUCCAGCCAGGUGGGGCUGGGAGUAACCCCAGGAAACGCACGCCCAGACAUAUGGUACCGCCUUCCAGCGCUUGCAACUGAAAAUUUAGGAAGAGUUGAUGGUCUGAUGGCAUUCCUGUACCCGAGUGCAGCCCAUGGCUUACUUCUUUGUUUUGAGUUUUUCCUGCUGCAUUCAAGAGAACAGGUUUUUCAGGCUUCCUGAGGUCAGGGAUGCACACCCUGUGCUACCGGGGAAGAGACCUCUGGGUGAAACGCUGCCCUGAACAUUUCAGAUGGCUUUUAAAGAGAAAUCCUCCUCUAAGCAGAAUAGCAGCGACUCAGUUUUCUCACCAACCCUUUUUUCCUCUGGUUUGCUCUCUGCAGCUUGUGCUUCUCCCCCGGCGUCCACUGGGGACUGACUUUUCCACUUGCUCCUAGAAAUACAAAGUGGAAGCGAUUCCUUAAAACCCCAUGGAAUUCUGACAGUUUUAAAUCCUAUGAGCUGAGGGGGACGGGCUGUUCUGAAGCUGCCGAGCGUGGGACUGCAGGAACUGGGGCACCACUGGCUCUGCUCCCCCAGCACUGGUGCAUUUUUCUGAUUUCUUUGCUUUUUGCCAAAGAUGAGAACAGAAACGGUACAUGUAACUGACCAGGAGGAGCAUGGCUUUGUGCUCACAGCCUGGUGUAUUUGGUACUGACAGCAUAUGCAGGAGGUGAGGGCUUUGUCCCAGAGCUCGUUGUUGCCUGCAGUGAUUUCAUUUUACUCGUUUUCCCCAUUAAUUUGACGCUGAAUGCACUGAUUUUUGAAUACUUUUUUUUUUUUAACAUACCUAAAAUACCAGCGUAGCUCUACAUGGUAAAAAACAAUUUAAUUUUGUGAAACAUAAUACUUCCAAGCAAAGUGUGUUUGAGAGCUGUAGGUAAAAAGCCUGUUGUGCCAGAGGUAAGUUGCGCUUUUUUUGUGGAAAGGGAAACUGUAUAAACCCAGAAUAACUUAAUCUCACGCCUGCUUUUCCUGAAGGGCUUCCAGGCCGGGGGGAGAAGGUACCAAGAAGUCAAAGAUCGGUGGUAGAUGAUGUGCCAUUAAGAUAUGCACGAAUUUUGCUAUAUAUUGGGAACAACAGCUAAAAAUGCAGCUUUUUGGAGCCUUUUCCCUGCCUCGCCUGGUGUUUUUGGUUCUCCCACGUGCCCCCCCCUGCCCCAGGCACUGGGUACGGGGGAGCCCGGGUGUCACCGACCUCCUGACUCCUUUGGUAUUUGUUAAAUGAAACUCUGCACUUGGUCUCGAAGGUAAAAUGUAGCAGCAAACCCAGCAAAAUCUUUCUUGCAUUUCAAUUGGGAGGAGUGAUAAAAUAGCUCUUUGCCAAAAAAAAAAAAAGAAAGGAAAGAGUAGGCCUUAUUUAUUAAAAUACUCUUGCGAAUUUUCUCCGGAUCAUUUUUUUUUCCUAGGGUUACUAGUUCUCUGCUAUUCUAUUCUUCAGUGAGAGAGGGGUUAGGGCCAUUUUUAUUUAGUUACAGUGAUUUUCAUCAAGUGGGUAAGGAUUUUGUUGUGUGGUUAAGGGUGGAAGGGAAUGAGCGUCAAAAUUACGUCGUCUGGGUCAUUUAGGGACCGGUUCCGGAUACUUUCUGUCUCCGUGGUCAUUCCAGGGCUGCCUUCCCUCCCCACACCAGGCUCCCAGUCACCACCAGUAAAGCAAAACGGUCCCACCUUUGUGCAGGAGGGAGAGGGAGAGGAGAGCACGGGGUCAGCGAAACACACUGUGGGCAGGGGGAUGGGGGGGAAAUGCAGACAGGAACAAAAACUGGUAAAUUUUGAUUAUUUUUGUUAAGCUGCAGUGUAAGGUUUUCUCAACUACUAGAUUCACAGCUGUUCAAUGGAUGGUGUAUAAGAGCAUAACCCAUUUUUAUAGAAUUGUUUCUCCUUUAUUGCUUAAGGCUAAUGGAGGAAAUAGUCUAAUUUUGUCUUAGAAAUUCUCUAUUAAAAUUGUUGGUUUGAGUCCAUCCGCUCAUAGAUUCUGACUGAUGAAACUGCAGGCUGUGAUUUCCAGCAGUUAUAACUUUAUCACUAUUCACUACCCGAGAAUAUUACAGCUUUAAAACAGCCUUAAGCAAAAGGAUGUUAUUUCUUUGUACUAAAUUUGGUUCAUGGAAAAGAAAAAAAAAAAAAAAGAAAAAAUCCAAAACACUGGUAAUCCGUACUGCAUAGCAAACUCUUCUGAAAAAUGUUAUUGCACAUGUAAAAUAUGAAAACUUGACUCUGCUGUGUGUUAGGCAAUCCUGUAAUCUUUUUUUUUCUUUUUUCUUUUUUUUUUUUUUGGAUUCUUGUUAAAUUCAUUUCUUAAAUGCUUGGUUGGAAGACUGUGACAAUAGCUCAUGAAAUUGAGUGUUAUUUUUCUUUCUUUUUUUGUUUUUUUGUUUUUUUUUUAAAUAUGUAAAGUGCAGUCUUCUGUAUUCAUGCAUAUUGUACAUAUCUGUAUAUGUUUUACUGAGCAACUAAAUAACAAUAAAUAUGAUGUUAAUGGUGGCUAUUGUA